AAGAACGGGAGCAGAAAACGACUCAUUUUUAGUGUCAUAGAAGAGCGAGGCUUUAAUUACACACACAUAAUCCUACAGCCCAGAAGACGACGCUGAGAGAGAGAUUUUCUACCUAUAUUACUCUUUUUAACUUCUAUAUUGUAUAUCCUUAUUUGAGACCAGCCUUUAUACUCGAAGUUAUCCAAUUUCUCUUGCUUGUUUUCAGCAUAACUACAUGUGUCUUUACAUUAAGUGAAAAGUUUGAUGUUUAUCCCCGUUUUGUUACCUAAAUUACUCUGAUAUUGAUAGACGAAAGGCAGGAUGUUUCACCCGGUAGUGUUCCCUGACGGACUGGUGCUUGGGCGUGGUCUACUGUCUUUGUGUCUCAGUUCUUCCUUCCUGACGACAGUGACUGACAAGUGUCUAAGAACAAACAGCGGACUUUAAAUAGACUGGGUCAAAGGGGAUAGCAAGACUUAUUUUUUGACCUGUGCAGUGUGAUUAAUUACGGGGGACACAAUAGCUAUUACCGUGGUAAUAACCUCUAUAUUUGUUACGACUCAACCCUGAACCAUUGGUGUCGGAUGCAGACAACAUACUAUGGUAAGUGGUGCCCAUCGUCCCUUUUAUGUUGUUUUGGGGGUUGACCUGACUGAUACAGACUCUAAAGGAAUUAUUAAAAUUAAUGUCCUUGAGAGGGCGUUAACUACCUCUACACCCUCUGUAGCACCUAAAGUACCACCCCACCUUGGUGGUGUUUCAAAGGCUCUCACAUCUGUGCGUGCUAAUGACAUCACCACCGAAGGCCUGGUAACUUUGACCUUAGGAGCGGGUACAGGUAAACCUGUGGCUCAGGUGGAUGCCAAAACCUGGGUGACUGUGUUGCUUGUUCCGCUGGACGUCCUUUUCCCCACACUUACCCCGCCCCUUUUAAGUUGACUGACAUAAAUGGCUCAAACUGUCUUAUUUCCUUGUUCUCUGAACCCACGCCACCAGGGUGCGAUUUGUUGGCUAGUGUGUACCCUCCUGUUGACAAUUCCACCCGACUUCUUCCAUUUGUGGCCCAAAAGCUGAAUUACACGUGUUUUCAAUUCAAAGGACCCUCUUCGUCCCCCAACAAAUUGGGUGACAUUAACCCUUCCUGGUGCACCACACUGAUAGAUGGCUCAAGGAUAGGCCCUUGGGCACGAGCUGACUUAUUCUGGUAUUGUGGGGAGCACAGAUUGUACAUUAGAAUCCCAACGUUAUCCGUAGGGCUUUGUGCUAUGGUUAGACUGGUGACCCCACUCACCCUAGUGGGUGCCAAAUUAACUCCCCUUGUAACUCCUGUCUCAGCGGCCUCUCUAACUUCUCGCCGACGCCGCCAUGUUUUAUCUCGGAGGAGUGUAAAGGGCUCCUUUGAUCUGAUGAGAAACCCUGAUGGUGUUUACUUUGAUGCAAUUGGACAACCAAGAGGGGUCCCCUCACAACACAAAUUGUGGUGUGAAUCCUGUGCAGGUUUCGAGAACCUUCCUAUCAUUGGUGCUAUUUUCCCUGUGACUGCUACUAAAAAUGUAGAACGCAUUAACUAUGUUUUUUAUAAUCUGUUGAGACUGACCAACCUGACUCGUGACGCCGUUGAGGGACUUGCUGAACAACUUGCCCCGACCUCCCUCAUGGCCAUCCAGAACCGCAUAGCCCUUGACCGCAUCCUAGCCAAGGAAGAAGGCGUGUGUGCAAUGUUUGGUGACCAAUGCUGUACCUUCAUUCCUAACAACACUGCACCAGAUGGCUCAGUUCAGAGGGCCUUAGAGGGCCUCCAGGCCCUGUCUAAAGAACUUACUGAAGUUUCAGGGGUCUCUGACCCCUUUGAAGAUUGGCUCCAAAGCACAUUUGGCAGGUGGACUGACCUAAUUAAGUCUGUCCUGGUCUCCAUUGGAGUUUUCUUGGCCAUUAUAGCCUCUUGCGGUUGCUUUAUCGCCCCUUGUGCUAAGUCUCUAUGCACCCGCAUCAUUGUUAGAGCUGUAGAAGGUCAACCACACCCUGUUUCUGGGCUCGUUAUGUCUUUGAAGGGGGUCAAGCAAAAUGGAGACUUUCGAGAAUUGUUGAUUUCCUUCCCUGACCAUGACGACAUUGACGUGGACUCCCUCCAUCUCUCAUCCAUGUAAAUAUGCUGUUGUUUUAUUGCUAGCUUGCUCAAAGAAAAAAACUACAGCACCUACUUUAAUGUGGGGCGUGCUUUAGAGGUGUUGCUCUCGUAGGAGAGAUCUUUUGGAUAAGAUCUGAAGGGGGAUUGUGGA